UAUAAUAUAGCUAUAACUUUGUAGUUCUGUUUAGGCCAGCAGAUAAGGCUUAGCUGGCCCUGGCGGCCCACCACUGCCCUUUAAACCCAGUAGUAUUGUGAAGUGGAUUGAACGUUAAACACCAAAAAUCAAUCUGUAACUUGUCUUUGUGUGAACUUUUUUCUGGUGUCGGUCUGGUAGGCUGGGCUUCACCUUUGAAAGAUCAGCCAUGCACAUGUUUCUGUAUCAAUAAACUUUAAAAUGCAUAAACACGGUCACUAAUAUACAUUCGUAUUAGGGUGCAUAGCUCACAGAAUGGCAAUAAAGCCAACAGAGUGCGGGUCGUGAAUCUAAAAAAGCAAUAAAUAUUAGAUAUUGUUAUUUAUAAGGAUUAAAUUGAGCUGCUGAGAAAUUGCAAUUGAACUGAGGAAACAUAUGUAUCAUCAGUUGUGCUUGGCCUUUGGAUAUGCAUAUGUCCUUUUUUUUCUCUUGUCCCCAUAAUUAUUUUCUGCAUAUAUAUCUACCCAUCUACAGCUCGACCAUGUCUCUCUCUCUGCAGGUGUUGAUUCGUGUCCAUGCCUGCGGAGUGAACCCCGUGGAAACCUACAUCCGGGCUGGGACGUACCCCCGUAAGCCCCUCCUGCCUUACACACCGGGCACAGACGUAGCCGGAGUGGUGGAAACUGUUGGAGAAGGAGUGACCGCAGUAAAGGCAGGAGACCGUGUGUUCACCACGGCCACAGAGUCCGGAGGUUAUGCAGAGUACACUGUGGCAGCCGACCAGUGUGUCCACAAGCUGCCCGAUGCUUUACACUUCACCCAGGGUGCAGCCAUAGGGAUCCCCUACUUCACCGCCUACAGGGCUCUGGUUCAAAAAGCCCACGCCAAAGCUGGAGAGACCGUCCUCAUCCAUGGAGGCAGUGGAGGGGUGACAUUUUUUGUUUCUUCCUUU